UCAAUCAGAAAAUUUAUUUGUAAUUUAUUUAACAUACAUGUUUCCCAUGUUUCCAAACUAGUAUUUCUAAUAAAACGAAGAAAUAAUAAUGACUUAGAUAUUACUUGUAAUAAUGGUUGUGCUACACAUUAUAUAAAUUAAUAAACAAAUAUCGCAAUAAUAUAAUAAAAUGGGAGGUUACGUACCAUUUUCCAGGAUUACAGCUAUAUUGUUUAAAAUGGUUUUAAAAGUUUGGGCCUACUCUGGCCUAGUCUUAGUGUUCUGUUUUUUACUGUAUUAUAUGUAUGGUGGAAUAUUUGCUAUAUUAUUAUUAUUUUUUGCUGUCACAGGUAUUUUAUACCAAGUUCAGGAUAGUUUACUCUACAAUCCAGAAUUGCCAAGCCAUUCUAGAGUAUAUGUACCAAUACCAUCCAUGUUCAGCCUUCCUUACGAAAGUGUAACUACUAGAUCUUUAGAUGGAACACAGAUUCAUAUGUAUUUUAUACAUCAACCGAACGAAAGGCAGCGUAAUGCACCAACAAUAAUCUUUUUCCAUGGUAACGCAGGAAACAUGGGUCAUCGUUUACAAAAUUGUGUAGGACUAUACCAUAAUUUACAUUGCAAUAUACUGCUGGUUGAAUAUAGAGGCUAUGGUCUUUCAGACGGUAGUCCUUCAGAAGAAGGAUUGUAUAUGGAUGCUAAAGCCAGUAUCGAUUAUUUAUAUAUGCGAAAAGAUAUUAAUCAUUCUGAAAUAAUUGUGUUUGGAAGGUCUCUUGGUGGCGCUGUUGCUAUUGACUUGGCAGUAAGAGAAGACUAUACCAAUAAGAUAUGGUGUCUCGUUGUAGAAAAUACAUUUACGAGCAUCCCUGAUAUGGCUAAAGUAUUGUUAGGUUGGCGAAUGCUGCAAUACUUCCCUCUGUUUUUUUAUAAAAAUAAGUUUUUCUCAUAUCAAAAAGUGAAGCAAUUGAGAAUUCCAACGUUGUUCAUAUCAGGCAUGGCCGACACCCUCGUUCCUCCCCGUAUGAUGUUUGAGCUGCACAACCGCUGCAGCAGCAUAAGAAAGCAACUAUUACAGAUACCGAAUGGCACGCAUAAUGAAACCUGGCAAGUCCACGGUUAUUACCACUCAUUGGCUGUGUUUCUCCAAAGCUGUAGAUUAAAAAAUAUGGAACAAUACGAUAUUAAAAUAGAUAAUGGAAAAACACAGAAUACUAGUAGUAUAUGGAACAAUGUACAAACUAUAUAAGUAAUUUAAUUUAUAUACAAUUUUGACACUCAAGUCACCAACGUGAUAAUGCUGUGAGAGUUGGAUUAAGGUAAUUUUUUUAUAUUCCUGUAAUAUAAAUAUUGUCAAGUCGUAUUAAUUCGCAUGUGGUUAAUUUUAAAAGUUUCUUAGAAAAUAUCCAAAAGAAAGCGUACGUAUUACAACUUUUUAUUUUAUUAAUUUAUGUCUCUCCACAAAGGUAAUAUUAGUAUUAGGUAGCUCCUUCUGUGAUUCCUCGAUAAUUUACUUAUUAGGGAUUUUUGUAUUAAAUGAAAUGUAUAGAUAAAAAUUAAAAAUUUUUAUUAUUUGAUAUUUAUGUACUUGGUAGAUAACCGAUUUUUUCGGUAUUUAAGUUAAAAAUAAGACAUCUCAAAUUUUAUUUAAGAACUUUGUACACUCCAUAAAUAGGCUCAAUUUACCAAAAGUUUUUUUUUUAUGGUUAUUAUCAUAGUGUGCUGUGUGAUGAUAUACUUAGAAUUAGAACAUUACUUCUGGAAAUACUCACUGCUACUACUGUCAGUACUAUUAAAAACGCUAGUGCCAGGAGAAAGUUAAAAAAAAACUAAUAUUUAGUGCAAGAUAAGCAUGUAGAGGUGUUUCAAUAUCUCAUGAGCCGCGAAAGGCGUGGCGUAUCCGCAUAAUUUUUCUAAUAAGCAUGUUGU